GUCCACCAGCCCCUCAUUCAGUCCUCCACCUCCAACAGCAAUCAAGUUCCUCCAGCCAGACCAUCGGACAACGUCCACCAUGAGCAAAUCCUUCUCCUCCCAGUCCGCCCAGUCAGCCUCCUCCUACCGCCGCACCUUCGGCUCCGGUGUUGGAUCCACCCCAAGCAUGUCCUCCAUGUUCUCCCACGGUGGGCGCGGCUCCUCCGGCUCGGCCCACAUGUCCUCCAGAGUGUAUGAGAUGACCAAGACCUCCGCCCGCCCGAGCUACUCCUCCGGCGGCAUCCGUUCCUCCUCCGGAGGCGCGAUGCGCUCGUACGCCGGGAUGGGUGAGAAGCUGGACUUCAACCUGGCCGACGCCACGAACCGCGACUUCCUGGACACCAGAACCAAUGAGAAGGCAGAGCUGCAGCACCUGAACGACCGGUUCGCCAGCUACAUUGAGAAGGUCCGUUUCCUGGAGCAACAGAACGCUACUCUGGUGGUGGAGAUCGAGAGGCUGAGGGGCCGCGAGCCGACCCGCGUGGCCGAGAUGUACGAGGAGGAAAUGAGAGAGCUGAGGCGCCAGGUGGACGGCAUGUCCAAUGACCGAGCCCGCAUAGAGGUGGAGAGAGACAACUUGGCUGAUGACCUGCAGAAACUCAAACUCAGGCUGCAGGAGGAGAUCCACCAGAAGGAAGAGGCAGAGAACAACCUGUCUGCUUUCAGAGCUGAUGUGGACUCUGCCACUCUGGCCAGGCUGGACCUGGAGAGACGCAUUGAGAGCCUGCAGGAGGAGAUCACCUUCCUCAAGAAGAUUCAUGAGGAGGAGAUCCAUGAGCUGACGAGCCAGAUGCAGGAGACCUCAGUACAGGUCCAGAUGGACAUGACCAAACCGGACCUGACCGCUGCCCUCAGGGACAUCCGCAUGCAGUACGAGGGCAUCGCCGCCAAGAACAUCUCAGAGGCAGAGGACUGGUACAAGUCCAAGGUGUCAGACCUGAACCAGGCUGUGAACAAGAACAACGAUGCUCUGAGACAGGCCAAACAGGAGAGCAUGGAGUUCAGACACCAGAUCCAGUCCUACACCUGCGAGAUCGACUCUCUCAAGGGAACCAACGAGUCUCUGCUGAGGCAGAUGAGGGAGAUGGAGGAUCGUCUGGGAAACGAGUCUGGAGGUUACCAGGACUCCAUCACCCGUCUGGAGGCUGAGAUCGCCAAGAUGAAGGAUGAUAUGGCUCGCCACCUCAGAGAGUACCAGGACCUGCUCAACGUCAAGAUGGCCCUGGACAUAGAGAUCGCUACCUACAGGAAACUACUGGAGGGAGAGGAGAGCAGAAUCACUGUAUCUGGCUCCCAGUCUUCCCACUCAGGCUCCCGCUCUAAUGCCUCAUUAUAUUCCACUGUUGGAUUCAGAGAGACCAGCCCAGACGCGGGGCGAUCAUCAGAGGUCCACUCCAAGAAGACUGUUCUGAUCAAGACCAUCGAGACCCGCGAUGGAGAGGUGGUCAGUGAAUCUACACAGCAGCAGCAGGACAUCAUGUAAACAACAACAACAACAAGUUUAAAUUAGGAUUGAUGUUUACAUAACAAGAUACAAGGGGUUCUCUAGCUACCGUUUCUAAGGAAAGCCUAUUUUAAAAGGUCUCUCUUUGAGAGGGAGUGAGGUACGAACACCUUACGAAGGUGUUAUAAUCACCUUAUGCAGGGUUAUGACCGCCAUAGGAAUGUUUAUAACUCAUUAACUCCUACUAAUCAGAUGUUAUAUGACCCAUCACCAAAGGAGAAGAACACAGGAGAAGACAAUGUUACAGUAAUCAGGAAGGUGGGAACAAGGUGGAGUGGAAGUCAAGUCAUGCCCUGGCCAGAACAGGAACACGCAUGGCUAGACGGGAGCGCCAGAAUGUCAAGAAUAGGAUUUCUGUAGUGCACGUUUUUUGCAAGUGUGUGUGUGUGGGUGGGUCUCUUUGCUUCACAAUGUUUCACAGUGCCAAUGAUUUGAAAAUAAAGAUAUAUACGGUAUCUUCAAAAAAGAA